UACUUUCAGUUUGCUAUCGUUGGGUCUUCUUGGAAAUGACGUCUAUUUUCUAGUAAAAAUUAAAAAGAAAGUAAUGAUUGUGGUGGUUUCUUGGGUUUAACAGGAACAAUGGUUCAAUGCUGUUGAAUAAAACUGAUUGCAGGGAGACGUAUCUUUUAAACAAGUGAUAUAUUGUGAAUCUUGCAUCGUUUCCUUCCGUUCACGGGGUACAUGACAUUUUCAGUGAUGAAAGAUUGCAAUCCUUUACUGUGCAAAUGAAAGUGAUCCGAAAUAUUACAGUUUAAAACAGAGUGCAACUAUGUCAAAUAUGUCAAAAACUCAGUUGAUCAACAGCGAUGCCAGUGCAAAUACGAACUCUGCAAACUCCCACAUUGAACUUGUUCCAGGAGGUUCGGCCGAGACCGGCCCGGAUUCUGUGUCCUCCACCCACACACAGGUAACCAACUUGACCUCCACUACAGUCAAUGGCCCCUCAACCUCCUCCUCCUCUUCCUCCCCAAGAGAGGAGAGACUAGCCCCUCCCAUAACUAGUGCAGAUCUUGACAGUCAGCCAGUCCAGAAUAUUUUGUCAUCGGUGUCUGUCCAAUCCACUUCUGGGGUAUGCCUGCAGGUAGAGCUGCAUGAUGGCACAGUGUAUAAUGUGGACUCGAGAGACAACCCGACAGUUGUAGAGGACUUGUGUAUUCAGCUGUUAAAACGCUAUUUCCCAAAGAUGGGACCUGCAGCUGUUCAGCUUUUUGGAUUGGCUUCCAUUGACAAGAAACAGAUACCCAAAAUGUUGUGGGUGAACCCUUGUAUCACCAUUGAGGAGUUGAAAAGGCACAUUUUGAACUCGCCAACAGCUGGUGGGAAAAACACUUUCUUUCUGAGAAUUCGUUAUGUUCCUGGGAGAAAGUUCCUACACAACUUGCCUGCCCUUGGGCCCGAAAUCUUGAAAUAUCUCUACCUUCAGUGUAAAGAUGAUUUUGUGAAAAGCCGACUGAGUGAUAUCUAUGAACAGGACAUAAAGAAUGAGGCUAAAGCCAGAGGUUAUGCUGUUCUCAGCAUUGUCAUUGCAAGUAAAAUGGAGGAAAAAGACUGUCAGGAUAUCCUUAACAAACAGAAACUAGAAGCUUUCCUGCCAUCCCAUCUUGUUGUGAGGCUCUGGAGAGGCUACCAAUUGAGAAAAAAUAUGAAAACGAAAACGGAAGAAUUCUUGGCUCAGCACAGCAAUACUAAAGUGGAGGAACUAUUGAUGGGAUAUAUCAAGGAUGUUCUGAAUGAGGUGCAGAAUUAUGGAAGAGAGCGGUACGAGGCUAAGAAGGUAUCAGGAAGUCUACGACCGGUUCACAUCACCCUGGACAUACAGCAGCACGAGGAAAAUGUCAACACCCAGUACAAAGGCCUGUUUAUUGACAAUGAGUUCUUUUCUUCAAUUGUUGAUUUCCGCUCUAUACAUAUAACACCUAAUCAUGCAGAUCAGAAGAAAUUGUCAUGGAAUGUUCAUUUGGACAGAUCCAAUGGUUGCCCAGAGGUGUUGAGGUUUGACAGUAAGACAGUUGCAGAGUCAUUUGUCUCUGGUGUCAAUGGGUAUUAUCGCCUCAUUACUGACUAUUAUAUGAACCUCUCCCAGCAGAUGGAGCUGCCAUCACUACAGGAAAUCAACCGACUUAAAUGCCAUGGACCAAUCGAUACCAGCACAGCUGUACGAAAGUUAAAGACCAAAGAUCUGUCGGAUGAGUAUUAUAUACUGAAGCAGAGCAUGCAAGUCUUUGAUCAGCUGGCCAUCUUGUUUUGUUAUGGCGGACAAACCAGAAAGAGGUUGAUUGAUAAAAAAGAAAACAUGUACUGUCUGGAAGGAGAGAAUGAAGAAGAAUUUAAAGACAUCAACUGCCUCAUAAAAUACAUGGCUGAAACCAGAAACCUGCUUCCAAAACGUCCUAUCAAGGUCAAACCACAGCAAGAGCCUGUGGAUGUAUUGAGAAAACUUUUUGUGGAAGAGAUCAUCCCUGAUGAUGAUGAGGAGGCAGCCAUGAACAAUCAAAGAAGGAAACCCUAUAUUAUCCUUCCUGAAGAGAUCAAGAUCAAGGAACUUAUAGAGCGUGGAACCUUCACUGAAGUUUUUGUAUGUGACCUAGAGAGUGGAACUCUCCAUGCCGCCAAGCGUUUACGUCAAACAUCAAAUGAUCAAAUGUUUCGCUGUUAUGAGCAUUUUCAGCAUGCUGUUCAGCAGUUGAUUCGAAUGGAGGACCCUAAGUUCUUUGUGCGCGUCCAUGGACUGGUUCUCUCCACUCCUCCUAUGCUGGUGAUGGAGAAGGCCCAGUAUGGCUCAUUGGCUUCAUUCUUCAGGAGAAGACAGACCAGCCAACCAAUCAAACCGUUCCAUCUUCUUAACGCAGCCAGUCAGGUUGCUCAAGGAAUGUUAUUUUUGAAUGAGCAUCAGUUGGUACACGGAAACCUCUGCUGUCGGAACUUGCUUGUCUUUCGAUACGAGAUUGAUGACAUCCUAGUUAAGAUCGGGGACCCGGGUAUGGUCAGCCUUAUGAACAGUUUGGACCUCAGUCUGCCCCAAAACAGAUCCAGGUUGCUAUUUUUAGCACCGGAAUUGUACCCAGAUUACCGGAAAUGUGAUUCCAAGAUGACCCCACAGUCUGAUGUGUUUGCCUUUGGGACAACUCUCUGGGAAAUGUUUGCCCAUGGACAGAAUCCUGUGGAAACAAGAAAGUUAAAAAAUUUAUCAAACCUUGAGAUCCUCCAGACUCCAGCCCACACAAGGCUUGAUCCUCCCCGAUCAUUGGAUGAGGCAACGGAAUGGAAGAGAAAGGUCUUGGACUUCAUGUCCCUCUGUUGGAAGCCGGUGGAGGACCGCCCCGCCCCUAACCUGCUGCUUAGAGACCUGAGGGCCCAGGUCGCAGACUAUGACUCAUCCCAGAGAGGCCAUGGCUACUCGUCCAUCAGGAGAGAGUUUGAGGACGACAUCCAGGACCAGGGCAGGGACGGUAAUGCUGUGCCUGACCUCAUCAGCAGCACCCAGGAAUCUCAGCCCCUAAGGCCAAUGCUGUCCCCUACAUUACCACCAGUGAAUGCUGCUUUCAUACCUCCUGCGCCUUUCAUGUCAACUCCAAGUCGUGCCUCACUGAAUACGAAAAGCCUGAGUAACAAAGCUGGAGGGGUCUAUAACCGGUCCCUGCCGGAACUCCCGUUAGAUUUCAAAUACAUCAUCAGCUCCCGCAGACUGCAAAUUCAGGAGAAGCAACUAGGAUCUGGGCACUAUGGUGUUGUAAAAGAGGGUAUGCUUUUUGCCAGCCAAGAUGACCGAUCAAAUCCACAGAAGAUAGCAGCAAAAGAGUUGAAGGGGGAUUUCCAGAAUGUUAUUGACAGCGAAGAAUUCAAAGAAGAGGCUGUGCUGAUGUCUAAACUGGAGCACGAUAACGUGGUCAAGUUCUUGGGAAUCAGCGACAACAUGUUGAUCCUAGAGUAUGUUGAAAAAGGAGCCCUGAACAUGUACCUUAGAAAAUUUAGGAAACAGAACACCUACCUUCCUGUGUGGAGAUUGAUGAAGAUGAUAAGUGACGUGGCUCAGGGAAUGGCCUACCUAGCCAGUAUGAGAGUCAUCCAUUGUGAUUUGGCCGGAAGAAACGUUCUGUUGACUGAUAAACUGGUGGCCAAGAUUACAGACUUUGGGUUGGCAAAGAUUUUGCAAAAUGAUAAGGACUAUUACACGAGAUCCACUGGCAAAGAACUCCCUUUGAUGUGGUGUUCUCCGGAGAGUAUUGCCAACCGAAAAUUCACAACCAAGGGGGACAUAUGGAGCUAUGGUAUUCUGAUGUGGGAGGUCUUUACUCACGCCAAGCCACCGGUUCUGUGCAGCAAUUUCUCCAAGGAGGGAUUCAAAAAAUUGGAGGAGGGAAAACGCCUCAAGAGACCAACCCACUGUCCAGAAUUGGUUUAUCAAUUCAUGGAGAAGUGCUGGAAAUUCAAGCCAGAAGAAAGGCCAGAUUUCAAUGAGGCUUGUCAGAGUUGCAGGGAGUUUGCAAAAAUUUACCCGGAACCAGAACAAAGGGUGCCAGACCCACCCCCUGAUGUACCCCCUGAAGUAUCUGAACCCAAAAAAGAGAAAUUAACAGUCCCACCAGAUGAUCAGAAGUUACCCGCUUCUGAUAAUCUGAAGUACAUGAUCAACACAAAUCUCAUCAGACUGGAAGAAAAGAUCAUUGGAAAGGGACAUUUUGGAUCUGUAAAACGGGGCACUUACACUCUCAAAGGAAAAGACAUUUCCAUUGCAGUUAAAGUCUUUCAAGCCAUGCAGAGAGAUAUGAUCGAGAAGGAGAUGUUCAAAGAAGUGGAUGUUCUAGGAGCUCUAGAUAACCCCCAUAUUGUCAAGUUACAUGGAUUUACCAAAAAACCUGAUAUAAUGAUGAUUAUGGAGUAUGUUGAAAAUGGAUCACUGAAGAACUACCUAGACCAGACAAGGACCAGUGGUGGCCGGGUACCAGAAUCUAGACUGAUUGCCAUAGUGAUAGAUGUUGUCAAGGGCAUGGAGUACCUGUCAGAAGUCAAGGUCCUUCACUGUGACCUUGCAGCCAGAAACAUUCUGCUGACCAAGGAUUACAUGGCAAAGAUUGCUGAUUUCGGUCUCUCCAAACUGAUGACAGGAGACAAAGACUACUACACAAGGAAGGGUCAGGACUUCAUACCGCUGAUGUGGUGUGCUCCAGAGGUCAUUGAUAAAACAAAGUAUUCAUCUAAGACGGAUGUGUGGAGCUUCGGUGUUGUAUUGUGGGAGUGUUUCAGUCAGGGCCAAACACCAAAGAUCUUUGAUGUGGGAGACAAGGAACUUCGGAAAGUGACCUACUAUUACUUGGAGAAAGGGGGACGCCUUACAAAACCCAGUGGUUGUCAUGACGAGGUGUAUGACCUGAUGCAGAAGUGCUGGGAAUGGGAGGCAGAUAAACGACCCCCGUUCAAUCAAAUCUUUUUUAGGUGUCUACAAUUGCAAGAAAUGUUCGGCAAAGUGUGAACUGUGAAUUAAAAAGACAUCUGUUAUUAUAGCUGGAAUAGCUCUGAUAAUAAAAUCUCGAGUGUCAUACUCACAGUGUCUUGUAUGUGGGAGCUAUGAAAACCUUACAUUUCAAUUCAACUGGACAUGUACAUACAUGCACACCCUUGUUUGUUGUAUUGGUUUAACAUACAAGUAGGAUGCAGAUGUUGGAAUUUUAAAGCUUUGUGAUUACCAGGAUUCACAUAUAAUGGCAGACAGAUUAGUGGAUGUUUUAUAUGUUAUUGGGAGAAACCUAUGAGACACUGAGAUAUGCCACUGUGUAAAUGCAAGUACAUGCACAACAAAUUGUACAGGUAUACUAUCAUGUUGUAGUAAUAAAAGAUAUCAGGACACUUGGUUAUUUUAGUAUGAUCAUGCAAUUCCAUCGAAAAAAGUUAUACUGUCAUGUAUAAUAAAGAACUGAUAAGAUGGCAAGUACAGUGAUUUGGCAGGCUGUUGAAGUGAAUAUUUAUGUAAAUACAUUUUUCCUCCCUUAAUGUAAAUAUGCUUCAACAUGAAAACCUUUCCAUAUACAGUAUAUUGGGAUAAAACAGGUUUUAAAUGUUAAAACUGUAAGGAAAAUUGUAAUGCUACAGUAUCUUGUUAUUGUUGUAUCACUUCAGUUGAUAGGGUAGCAUGCAUGAUCUAACAUUUCUCAUUUUCUCAUAUCAAAAACUAUAAAUAUUCACAAACAUCUUGUAUAAACAGUAAAACAAGCUAGCCUUAUACGGAAGUGGCAGGGAUGGGCGAUUUUAUUUUAUUAUAUGUGUAAUUUUGUUAUAUACAUUAAGUUUACAACAUGUAACAUAGUCACGGGGAAUAAAAAUAACUUCGCUGUAAGCUUCAAUUCAUUAUAAGCGUGUUUGCUAUAACCGUGUUUUACUGUUCAUGAUUUUUUUAAAUUUUAUCUUUGUCUACAGUUGACAAUACUAGUCAGUAAUGGUGAUGAUUUUUUUAUGGUAUCAGUGCAUAUACUAAAAGGAGUUUUCUGCUUUUUAUGGAGAUUUUAUUUAAAAAUCAUUUAACAUCGCUAUAAGUAGACACAAUUUUCUUGUGAAAGGCUGCAGGAUUUAUGUAUGUAAGUUUGAAUUCUCUGUUACUAAAAAUUAUACAGAGAGUCAGUUUUAUUGGUAUGGUAAUUGUUGACACAACAAUGGGGGAUCUGCUAUAUAUGGUACAUGUUUAUAUUAUUGUGGGAUUUAUUUGUAUUUUCUAACAGCACUCUGUCAUUAAGAAGCUUAUAAGGAAGAGGAUGAUGUGGUGUCUAUUUACAGUGGGGCCUCAGAUAUCCGGAUGCCAGACAACCAGACGCUUCAGUUUACGGACGAUUUUAUUUGGGAACAUAUUUUUUUAUACUUAUUUUGUCUCAUUUAUCCGGAAUUCCGCAUUCCGGAUCUGGACGGUCUGUUUUUACUACUAAUCUUGCUUCAUUUAACCGGACGGUUAAAUUUAAUAAUACCCUACUCAGUACAAAAGAUUACCCCUGUCAAUUACAUUUUGUAAGUUUCACAUCUUUUUUACGUGCUAGACCCUCAUGAGUAGUUUGUAUAAACACACUGACUUCCCAAAUCACUUUCAAAAAUUGGAAAAUUGCGAACAACAGUGUAUCACACACAUAUCACACUUGGACACAAAGAAUUUAGUUAGAUUCGGUUAUCAUUAUUGUCCGGUUAAUAUUCAUGACAAAAUAAUAAAAUAAAGCAGAGUUCUUUAUUUCUAUAACAUUCAUAUCAACAGACAACUCUAGCAUGUGUUGCUAUAUGGUAUGAAAGGCAAAAGACCCAGUAUCAACACUGGGAACCAUUGUAUACAAAUACAUUAUCAUUCAUGACAACAAUAGACACAUUUCAGAUACCCGGACGUUUCACCUAUCCGGACGAUUUGACUUGGGAACGAAAGCGUCCGGAUAACUGAGGCUCCACUGUAUACACUCAUUAUAAAUAUCAUGUUGUAGCUAGCUACAAUUCAUGUUGUAGCUAACUACGAUUCAUGUUGUAGCUACAUGUAGCUACGAUUCAUGUUGUAGCUAGCUACGAUUCAUGUUGUGGUUGGCUUUAUUAUAUUAUGGUUAUUGUUAUGUUCAUGCAUUGCAUCUUAAAAAUAUUCUAUGCAUUAAUGAUUACAUUUUAAAUUUAUAAAUUGUUAUUGCCUCUCAAGUAAAAUGCAAAGCAACUUUUGGAAGCAUUUAUGCAUUAAUUAAAACUCUGUAUGUGUAACAGAAGGAUUUACAUGUAUAUAUUUUUAUGUUUUUUGUACAGGUGUUACAUUAAAAAUUUAAAAUCAAA